AUGCCUCACGCAUAUUAUCAACGGGAUUUUCUCGAAAGUCGACUGCUUGUUGUAGGAGCAGGAGGGAUUGGAUGUGAACUACUUAAAAAUUUAGUUGUUGCUGGUUUUGUUAACAUUGAAGUUGUAAGUCGAUAUCUUCCUAGUUUUUAUUUGGUUUUAGAUUGACCUGGACACAAUUGACGUUUCUAAUCUGAAUCGACAGUUUUUGUUUCGCAAGGAACAUGUUGGAAAGCCUAAAGCACAGGUCGCCGCUGAAGCCGUCAAACAAAUGAGGCGAGAUAUUAAUAUUGUCUCCCAUCAUGACUCCAUUUUUGCUCCAAGAUUCGACAGGGACUAUUUCCAGAGUUUCAAAGUCGUUUUGAAUGCCCUUGACAACGCGGGUAAGUAAUCAUUGUAGGAUUUUAUUUCUGGCAUGAAAGCUUAAGUGGAGUUUAGUUUUAUUGUUUUAGCUGCACGACGGCAUGUUAACCGUAUCUGUAUUACCACUGGGACUCCUCUUAUUGACGGCGGAACAGCGGGUUAUCUUGGUCAAUGUCGAGUUAUCCAACGCGGGAAGACUGAAUGUUACGAUUGUGUGGAUCAUCCACCUCAACGGACCUUUGCUGGAUGCACGAUUAGGAAUACUCCUUCAGAGUUUAUUCAUUGUAUAAUGUGGUCCAAGGCCUUAUUCAAUCAGCUGUUUGGAGAUGCUGACCCGGAUGAUGAUGUUGCUCCAUAUGAAGACGACAAGACAGAAGAUGGAGGCGAGAAGGAUGAAGAUGCGAAAGGUGAACUUCAGAAGAGCCAGAUGAAUACUCGGGCUUUUGCCACUAAGAAUGAUUACAACCCGAAAUUACUUUAUCACAAGGUAUGUUUUGUCACAACAUUACAUUUAUGCAUUACUUUUAGUUGUUUGUUCGUGAUAUUGAAUACCUAUUACGGAUGGAGAACUUAUGGAAAGAUCGUCGUCCCCCAGAGCCUUUUAGAAUCGACGAUUUGAAUGCUGUACCAGAAGGCUCGAAUGGACGAGAAUGGAAGACAAACGAGCAUUGGCCAAUCGAGAAAUGGAUCCAAGUUUUCGGCGAGUCUCUUGAUCGACUGACAGAGAGAUUCAAGGAGGCCCAAAAACGGAAACAGAUACUUUCUUGGGAUAAAGUGAGUUAUCUUAUAUAAAUUGUUACCUCUUUUUAAGGAUGACGAUGACGCUCUCAACUUUGUUGCUGCUUGUUCUAAUAUACGAUCUCACGUUUUUGGCAUCAAUGGGAAGAGUGUAUUCGAUGUGAAAUGUAAGCCUGAAUGUUUUUGAUUACGGAACUAUUUUUUGUUGUCUGCAAAAAAAAACUUCUCACUGUCCGCGAAUCAGAAUCUUUGUGUAUAACUCAAUGUUUAGCAACAAAUUUGAUGUGAAAGUUUCGGAUGUUACUCUUAAACGUAUAAUAGUAUAUUUUGCUCUUACUUCUGAGUAAUUCACGCGAUAGGCAAGACCCGUGGACAGAACAUAUCGUGAUAUUAUACAUGAUAUCGGUGAUUAUAAAAGCAAAAACGUGUACGUCCUUUAUGCAUCUAUUUUGCUAUUAUACUAGAGGAGUACUUAUUACUUUUAACACCAAUUGGAUUUCUUCUUGGGCACCUUUCUGUAAUUUUUUUCAUUUGCGGACAGUGAAAAGCGCGUCCUUUUGAUUACUGUUGAUAUUUUAGCCAUGGCUGGAAAUAUUAUACCCGCCAUUGCCACAACCAAUGCGAUUAUUGCUGGAAUGAUGGUUGUGGAAACCUACAAGGUUCUUGGCGAUCGUCCUGAUACAAUUCAAUCAAUUGUAAGUAUUCGUUCAUACUUCCAUUGAUCUUACAUUGACAUUUAGACAUAUCUUCAAACGAAACCCAACUUCCGAGGUAAAAUCUUUAUGAACGAGUCCUCAAUUGGCCCUAAUCCUAAUUGUUAUGUUUGCGCUGAUCAGCAUGAGGCAUCCGUCCGAGUUAAUGUGGAGAAGAUGACGGUGAAAUCAUUUGUGAGCACUGUGAUUACUCAGGGUCUUGGAUUCCUGGAGCCGGAUGUCACUGAUAUGCUCUCUGGAAGAAUCGUUGUCAGCAGCGAAGAUGGAAUGGUCAAAAGUACGUUUUUUCUACCAAAAUAUGUAAUCAUUAAUAUUUAUAGCCAUUGAAAACAGCACUUUGGAACAGCUGAGUGUGAAGCACGGAUCUCAACUAGAUUGCGACGACUUUCGUCAGAAUCUUAACAUCAAAGUAUUUGUUAUCCAUGACCCUAAACUUGAACCCGAAGAAUACAAGAUCGAGAGCAAUGCUAAUGCCCCGGUGGAUGAAAACAGAAACGGAAAGCACAAGGCGGACGCCCUCAAGGAAGACGAAGACCAACCACAAGAGAAACGCGCUCGCAUCGAAGCCUAA